GGCGUUUGCCACAUGUGAAAUUGCAUCAGCGUUUUUGAACCAGUUUUUCGUAGUAAAAAGGCUCGAAAGCAAUCACGGCAAGAUGACGUUAUCGUGUCGGUUUUAUAAACAGAAGUACCCGGAGGUGGAGGACGUAGUGAUGGUGAACGUGCGGUCGAUCGCCGAGAUGGGCGCGUACGUUUACCUGCUCGAGUACAACAACAUCGAGGGCAUGAUUCUGCUCUCGGAGCUGUCCCGCCGGCGCAUUCGCUCGAUUAACAAAUUGAUCCGCGUCGGCAAAACGGAACCCGUUGUCGUGAUCCGUGUGGACAAAAACAAAGGCUACAUCGAUCUGUCCAAGCGGCGCGUCUCGCCCGAGGACGUUGAGAAGUGUACGGAGCGGUUCUCGAAGGCGAAAGCGGUCAACUCGAUCCUGCGCCACGUCGCUGACAUCAUGGGUUUCGACAACCAGAAGCUGGAGGAGCUGUACGAGAAAACGGCGUGGUACUUCGAGGAGAAGCACAACUUCAAAGUGACCGCGUUCGACGUGUUCAAGCAGUGCGCCGUCGAUCCGACGUUGCUAGACGAGUGUGGCCUGGAUGCGGAACUGAAGGAACUGCUGCUCAGCAACAUCCAGCGGAAGUUGGUGUCACAGGCGGUUAAAAUUCGAGCCGACAUUGAGUGUGCCUGCUACGGGUACGAGGGUAUCGAUGCGGUAAAAACGGCCCUCCGUGCCGGGUUGGAUCUGUCCACCGAGGAGCUGCCCAUUAAGAUAAACCUCAUCGCGCCCCCGCUGUAUGUCAUGACCACGUCCACUCCGGAGAAAGCCGAAGGACUGAAAGCGCUCGAGGUGGCCAUCGAGAAGAUCAGGGAAACGAUCGAGGGGCUGGGCGGUGUGUUCAAGGUGCAGAUGGCACCGAAGGUGGUGACCGCGACCGAUGAGGCCGAUCUGGCGCGGAAGAUGGAGCGCGCGGAGGCAGAGAACGCAGAGGUGUCCGGGGAUGAGGAGGACGACAAUGAGGUUGGCAUCAAGUAUAAGAUGGAGGACAUGGGUGACGAUAAGCUGGACAAGGAUAUCGAGUUCGAGGGCAGCGGCGAUGAGGAGGAGCAGGACGAGAAGCAGGAAGAGUAGUAGCAGCUAAGGACGACACAAUGCACCUGCGGGCAAUGGCCAUCCGCAACUCAAAGAUACCGCGGGAUCGGCGCGCGUGGAAGAGCGUACGGCGGAAAGAAAAGUGAGCGAGGCGUAGCUUUCUUCUUUCAACUCCCCUCCCAAAUUCAGCUAAUGAUUGCUCUCCCUUUACUUUGUAAAACGGAUUAUUUGUAUUAAAUGGUAUAAUAACAUUCUAACU